UCGCACGUUAGACAAGUUAGAACCGGUUUCGCAUGUGCUCGAUUCCCGCGCUACCUGAGCAGUCGCAGUCCCUCGUCUUGUGUCGUUGCGAUCUGUGCGUUUCUUGAGUUUUAACUAUAUUUAACGAUUAAUUGCUGUGUUAUUGGAUUUUAAGUUUGCAUUUUGAUUGGGUUUCGUUGAUAUGGAAAGACAAAAUAGUUGUGUUUUGUGUAGCCGCUCUGUGUUGCGGCGAAGGAAACAUAUUCUCACAGUGCACUUUCUCGGAAAGUUCCGAGAUCACGUCGAGUUAUUAUUACAGGAAAUAACACCACGUGAGAUUCCUUUUGAUGGUUCGCGGUCUAUAUGCCAUGCCUGCUGGGUGAGAUUGGAUUCCACUCUGAGAAGUCAGCAUAGGCAAAAUGAGCCACCUCAACGAGUUCAAGGCGAACAACGUCAACAAGCAGAAGAUGCUGGUGAGGAACCAAAUGAGGGUCAACAAGAUAACACCGGUUUCAUUUCUGUACAGGGAUAUUCCCGUGCUUCAAAUACAGCAAGACGUUGCCUAUUUCAAACCUGCAGAAACAUUCCUACGCAUAUAUUGCCAUUGUAUGUUAAAUUCUAUGUAUUGCAUACCAUGAAUUUUUAUAUACCACCUCUUGCUCGUGUUUGCCAUUCACAUUUGCAAAGAAAUGAUUGGGAAGAACUAACUACUCAGGGGCAAAUGCAUCAAUUUAAUGGCACUCAUGUACUUGAUAUGAUGAAUUUAUACAAAUGGGGCUUGGAACGGAGAAACCAACUUGAUUUUGAAAACAUAAAUUCAAUUGAUGAUAAUGAGCUACAUUUUUGGACAGGAAUAACAAAAAAUCAAUUUAACACUAUUCUUCAGCUAACACCAUCUCUUCAUAACAGAACUGAUAGGCCUGCUGCGACUUUAGGUAUAUACCUCACAAAAAUUAGGACUGGUGAACCGGAUGAAAGGUUAGCUACGAAAUUCCAAAUGUCCAGAAGAACGUUAGAAAGAAAAAUAAGAUUAGCAAGAGAAUGCUUAACUCAAGAUUUCGUCCCGCAUUUUCUAGGCUUAGAUCACAUAACUAGAGAAGAGGCGGUUGCUCGAAAUCUUUGUAUACCAUCUCAUAUUUUCGGAGGCGACCAGAAUACAGUCAUUUUGGUGCUUGACGGCACAUACCUAUAUGUGCAAAAGAGUUCCAAUUUUUUGUUUCAAAGAAUUACAUACAGCUUACAUAAAUUCAGGAACCUGGUAAAACCGUUCCUGAUAGUUUGCACAGAUGGCUAUAUCUUAGAUGUGUUAGGACCUUACGCAGCAACAACAUCGGAUGCAACAAUUAUGCGUACCAUAAUGGAACAUGAAGACUCGCCUUGGCAUUGGUUUUUACGGCCUAACGAUGUCUUCAUACUAGACCGCGGCUUUCGGGACUCAAUCUCCUCUAUACAAGAAUUUGGUUACAAUCCUCAGAUGCCACCAUCCAGAUCCAGAGGAGAGCAACUCACAACCGAAGAAGCAAACAAGUCUAGACUCAUAACAAUGACCCGGUGGGUUGUCGAGACAAUGAACAGUCGUUUCAAAAAAGAUUUUAAGAUUUUUCGACACACCUAUUUCAAUGUUUCUUUGCCUAACAUGAUGGUGGAUUUCCGAAUUACUGCAGCGCUCAUCAAUGCUACUCGGCGACCAUACGAGGAUAGCAUUUUCGCCGAGCAAUUCAUUAAUAUAAUUAAUGAAAAUAUUAAUAGAAGGAACGAGCUGGCGGAAUAUGUGCGUGAGCACAAUUUAAAUAUGCAAAGGGUAGCUUUCACUCCAAUUGAUGCCAGUGAUGCAGCGUUCGAUUUCCCACAAUUGUCGUACGAUGAUUUGACACUAUUUACGCUGGGCAGCUAUCACCUCAGGAUCGCCAGAUCAUAUGUCCAUGAGCAGUUACGACCAAAUGGCCUAUAUAUCGUCGAACUCUACCGGCACCAAGAAUCGGUAAAUAACAGAACAUUGAUACGCGGUAGAAUUCAGUCCCGACACAUCAGGAGUAAAAAAUAUUACACCUACAUAUUGGUAAACCCCACAACAGAGGGCAGAGAGAGUAUAGAAGAUUAUUACUGUUCUUGUAUCCACGGCCGCCGAACUAUCGGAUGCUGCGCACAUAUAGCCAGCAUGGUGUAUUUUUUGUCAUGGGCCAGACACCAAGAACAAAUAGAUACGCCAGCAAGGUUCUUGGACGACACUAUCGUUCCUGUUGACAUUGAUCAUGUUGAAUAAAAAUGAUAUAAUUCUA